AUGGCAACUCGGACUCUGACAGCAAAGUUGUGGCGUCUCAAUGCAAAUUUGGUAUCGAGGCAACAACUUCGACAGCUCACGCUACAUGAAUAUCAGUCGCAGAACCUUUUGAAGGAGUUCGGCAUCCCAGUACCCCGAGGACACCUCGCAAGAACACCAGCCGAAGCUGCGGUGAUUGCCACAGAGCUUGGCGGAAACUGUUCUCUCAAAUCACAGAUAUUAAGGGGCGGCAUCGAUGACGGCGCGUUUGACAACGGGUCAGGGGCCGGCAUUCAACUGGUCAAUAAUGCAGAAAGCGCCGAGAAAGCUGCCAAUCGCAUGCUUGGUCACUACUUGAAGACGGAUAAAUCCGUAGGUAACGGUGUAUUGGUCAAUAAGCUUCAUGUUACGGAAAGCCUGAAUCCCGAAAGAAAGUGGUACUUGGCGAUCACAUUCGAUCGCGAGAACUAUUGUCCAAUAAUCAUCGCGUCAAAAUUUGGCGGAGUCGCCAUCGAAAAGAUAGCAGCCCAGCAUCCAGACGAGCUGCAUACAUUUCGAUUUGGAUUCACGGAUGGCAUCACAUCCAAACUCACCGACAAAGUCUCGAACUGUCUCGGAGCUUCGGCGAAAGAGAAGGAAGACCUCAAUGACAUACUCGGCAGACUUUAUAAGAUUUUCACAACAAAGGACGCCUAUUCGCUUGAGAUCAAGACUCUAGCAAGCUCGUCAGAAGGAGGUCUGACUUGCAUGGACGCCAAGUUCUCAUUUGAUGAUGCUGCGGCCAAGCGGCAGAAGCCACUUUUUGCAGAGCGAGACACGGAGCACGAGAUUCCAGAAGAAGUCGAGGCUGAGAAGUAUGGGCUGGUCUAUGUUCGCAUGGACGGCGACAUUGGCAAUGUGGUCAAUGGAGCAGGUCUUGCGAUGGCGACCAACGAUGCGAUUGCCCUGCACGGUGGCGCCAGUGCCAACUUUCUUGAUGCUGGUGGGCAAGCGACGAAGGAGACCAUGGUCAAGGCAUUUGAGAUUAUCCUGCGGGACCGGAGGGUGAAGACAAUAUUUGUCAACAUCUAUGGUGGAAUCACUAGAGGCGACAUGAUCGCAGAAUCCAUUCUUGGUGCAGCCAAAGAGCUGGGACCGCUGAAGAUUCCCAUGGUGGUUCGACUUCAAGGCACCAAUUCUGAGAUGGGAUUGAAAAUCCUGGAAGAAGCCGAUCUUGGAUUGCAUACCGAAGCAGAUUUUGGGAAAGCAGCGCAAAAGGCACCCGACCUAGACCCUAUCGCGGUCGCUGACUUCCACGACACACUCAAGAAGUCAAAGCGCAUCGUUGCUCUCAUCGGCGCAGGUCUUUCCGUAUCCUCAGGCCUUGCCACCUUCCGAGGGGCCAAUGGUCUGUGGAGGAACCAGGACAUAACACAGGUCGCUUCACCCGCAGGCUUCCGUCAUGACCCGGGUCUCGUCUGGCAAUUUUACACGUAUCGCAGGCACGACGCCCUUCGUGCCAAGCCGAACCCCGCUCACUAUGCUCUGGCUGAGCUCGCGCGCAGAGUGCCUGGCUUCGUCGCGUUGACGCAAAAUGUCGAUAACUUGAGCCGUCGGGCUGGUCAUUCGCCCAGUCAGCUGAAGGAGCUCCACGGCAAUCUUUUUGCGCUGUCCUGCGUCGACGUGGUUGGAUGCGGACACACCGAGCGUGACAACUUUGAGGAGUCUCUGUCACCAGCACUCGAUCCUUCAAAGGACGAGGAGAGGACCAUCGGCAGCAUAAAUCCGGACAAGAAGCCUCGCGCCAGCCCAGUACUUUUAGCCGGCAUCGCGCGGAAACACGCGCAAAUCCUCGGGGAGAAGUAUGAGGGCAAUUCUCCGACCACGCGAGAUCUGACUGCUCUGAAAGCCCCGGAUCAACCGGCGCCAUCGAACCCCGUUGCUGCUAUCCGGCUGUCAUCGGGGUUGGAGAAAAAGGACCUACCGCAAUGCCCUAAGUGCAAGAACAACAUCCUCCGUCCCGCCGUCGUCUGGUUUGGCGAGCCAUUGCCCGUUGAGGUUGUUGAAGAGGCCCAGGCGCUUUUCGAUGACCCCGAGGCCAUCGAUUUGUUUCUUACGAUUGGAACCACCAGCAAGGUCUGGCCGGCGGCUGGGUAUGCCGAGAUGGCUCGCAAGAAGGGUGCGAGAAUUGCUGUUAUCAACACGCGAGCUGAAGACGCGAGACAUGUUCGGCCGGAUAAGGACUGGGUGUUUGUAGGAGAUGCAGCAGUUGUCCUCCCCCAGUUACUGAAACCGGUUAUUAGCGAAUCAUACGAGCAAGUCGAGAAGAACAUGAAGAAAUAG